AGACUAACCGCCAGCUGUGCCUGCGUGUGCCGCUACAAGGUGACUAUGGUGCGGUGUCUGUAGGACAAUCUCCGCUAAAACCGCCCCUCCCCUCCUGUUCUCUGUUUCCUUCCGUCUUAUUUCCGCUCCUGUCUUGCAGGGGAAGUCUUUAAGGCUCCUGUCUCGCUGUUAAAGUCUUUAAGAAGCUAGCAUGGCGCCCGUAGCGGUCCUUAAGGUGGCCACGACGCCGUUCGAGGGGCAAAAACCGGGCACCAGCGGGUUAAGAAAGCCGGUCCCUGUCUUCCAGGGUGAGCACUAUGCGGCUAACUUUGUCCAGAGCACGCUCAGCUGUAUCCCGGCCGCAGAGCUGCAGGCGGGGAGCCACACUCUGGUCGUCGGGGGAGACGGGCGAUACUACAUGCAGGACGCCGUGCAGAUGAUCGUUAGGAUGUGUGCCGCUAACGGGCUCCGUAAGGUGAUUAUCGGACAGAACGGGAUCUUCUCCACCCCGGCGGUGUCCUGUGUGAUCCGUAAGCGCUCUGCUGCAGGGGGAAUCAUCCUCACGGCCAGCCACAACCCCGGCGGACCCAACGGAGACUUCGGCAUCAAGUAUAACAUCUCCAACGGAGGCCCCGCCCCAGAAGGAGUCACCAACGCCAUCUUUAACUACACCAAGACGAUCAAGGAAUAUCUCAUCUGUCCGGACAUCACAGUGGACCUUGCUAGCCUGGGAACGCAGACAUUUCAGGUGGCCGGCCAGCCACAGCCUUUCGUAGUAGAGAUAGUGGACAGUGUGGAAGACUACCUGCAGAUGUGCCGGGACAUUUUUGACUUCCCCACCAUCAAGGCUCUACUGGCUACCAUCAAGAUCAGGGCUGAUGCCAUGUGUGGAGUAAUGGGCCCAUAUGUGAGGAGAAUCCUGUGCCAGGAGUUGGGGGCUUCGGCAGACGCGGCCGUCAGGUGCGACCCUAAGGACGACUUCGGAGGUCACCACCCUGACCCUAACCUGACCUACGCGGCCGACCUUGUGAACACGAUGAAGACUGGAGACUAUGAACUGGGUGUGGCUUUUGACGGAGACGGGGACAGGAACAUGAUCCUGGGACGUGGAGGUUUCUUCGUGACGCCGUCAGACUCGGUGGCCGUCAUCGCGGCUAACUGUGACUGCAUCCCGUACUUCCAACGCACAGGUGGCGCCAAGGGGUUCGCAAGGAGCAUGCCAACAGGUGGAGCUCUCGACAGAGUUGCGGAAGGACUGAAAGUCCCCAUGUUUGAGGUCCCUACAGGCUGGAAGUUCUUUGGUAACCUGAUGGACGCAGGGAAACUGUCCAUCUGUGGGGAGGAGAGUUUCGGGACGGGGUCGGACCACAUCCGGGAGAAGGACGGGUUCUGGGCGGUCAUGAGCUGGCUGUCCAUCAUGGCUGCCAGGAAGGCUAGCGUGGAGGAGAUUGUGCAGACUCACUGGGCCAAGUACGGAAGGAACUUCUUCACAAGGUAUGACUACGAGAACGUUGAUGCAGCUCCAGCCAAUCAGAUGAUGGCAAACGUGGAACAGCUGAUCACAGGCGCGACCUUCGUCGGGAAGGAGUUCUCCCACGGAGACAAGACCUACAAGGUCGCGAAGGGAGACAACUUCACGUACACAGACCCUAUAGAUGGGAGUGUCUCUACUAAACAGGGCCUGAGGAUCGUGUUUGAGGAUGGAUCUCGAGUGAUUUUCCGUCUGAGCGGGACAGGAAGCGUGGGGGCCACGAUCCGCAUGUACGUGGACAGCUACGAGACAGACGCAGCAAAGCAGAAACUGGACGCACAGGUUAUGCUGAAGCCACUGGUAGAAAUCGCGCUGAAGUUGUCCCAACUGCGAGAACUGACCGGCCGCGAUCAACCCACCGUCAUCACCUAGGCAACCACCAUCACCUAGGCAACAGUCAUCACCUAGGCAACCACCAUCACCUAGGCAACCACCAUCACCUAGGCAACAGUCAUCACCUAGGCAACAGACAUCACCUAGGCAACCACCAUCACCUAGGCAACAGUCAUUACCUAGGCAACUAUCAUCACCUAGGCAACUGUCAUCACCUAGGCAACAGCAAAACAUCCAAUAUGUGUAUUGGUGUUAACCAAAUGUAACCCCUUUGGAAGUUUUCGUGGAGGCUACCAGUAAUGAAUUUUAGCAGGAAUAAUUGUAAUGUGGAAAUUUGUGACUUGUUGAUUUUCAGCUGUAUUAGCUAUUGCCUAUUGCUUUUUAAUUAAGAUUGGUUACAGCUUGUCCUACACUCUUUAAAAGAUUCAUUGAUCCUUCAAAGUUAAUGUAAGUUUGACUGUACUGUAGAUAGAAUCAGAUGUUCUUCAUCUUGUAAAAGAUCUGGCUUUGUUAGUACAGUUAUGAUGCUUGUAAGAUAAAUCUUUGCUUGAAAAUACAAGACAAAAUAAGGCAAAUAAAAACAGAUUGAACUCAUACUCAUACUGGGAUAAAUUCACACUUAUACUUAAGUUGUACCUGUUGUGGAAACUUUCUACCCCUUAAGCCAUUUUUGUUAUUUAUACUGACCAACAAUGAGUCUGUACUAUACAGCAGUACAAUUUGAAUGGUUGCAGUACAGUUACUGAUACUGUAUACAUUUUUCCAUGGCAGCUCCAACACACAGAGGACUACAGAACUUCUACAUAAAUUAUAAACUUCUCUGUACUUCAGACACCCAUUGUUAUUCUAGCUCAUGAUGUCAGUA